AUGGUGCGGCUGGCGGCCGAGCUGCUGCUGCUGCUGGGGCUGCUCCUGCUCACCCUGCACAUCACCGUGCUGCGCGGCGGCGGGGAGCCCCACGCCCCGACGGGCGCCGGCAACCACAGCCAGCGGCAGAACACGCUGAGUGCAGAUGACCAUUCUCCUGAAGACAGCUUCACCCUGAACCCCGAGGACCACAGGGAAUACCCCGAUCUCCAGGCUGCCCACCGGCCAUUCCCUAAGCAGCGAUUCCAACAGGAAAACGGGCACACGUCCCUGCAAAGAGAUGGACCCAGAUCUUUCCUCCUGGAUCUCCCAAACUUCCCUGACCUAUCAAAAGCAGAUAUCAAUGGGCAGAACCCCAACAUUCAGGUUACCAUUGAAGUGGUGGAUGGCCCAGACACCGAGACAGACAAGGAUCUGCAGAAGGAGAGCAGCAAGCCCAGCUGGCCAGUCCCAUCACCUGACUGGAGGAGCUGGUGGCAGAGGUCCUCCACCUUGACUCGCAUGAGCAGUGGUGACCAGGACUACAAGUAUGACAGCACUACUGAGGACAGCAACUUCCUAAACCCUCUCGGUGGGUGGGAUGGUCAUGCACCCGGUCACCGGACAUUCGAGUCCAAGGAGCAGCCAGAGUAUGAUUAUAUUGAUGGUGAGGGCGACUGGAGCCCGUGGUCCCUCUGCAGCGUCACCUGCGGGAGUGGGAACCAGAAGCGGACGCGGUCCUGCGGAUACGCCUGCACAGCCACUGAGUCACGGACCUGUGACAGGCCCAACUGCCCAGGGAUUGAAGACACCUUCCGGACAGCUGCCACGGAGGUGAGCUUGCUUGCAGGGAGUGAAGACUUCAAUGCCACCAAACUGUUUGAAGUUGAUACUGAUAGCUGUGAAAGAUGGAUGAGCUGCAAGAGCGAGUUCCUGAAGAAAUAUAUGCACAAAGUGGUCAAUGAUCUUCCCAGCUGCCCAUGCUCCUACCCCAGAGAAGUUGCUUACAGCACUGCUGAGAUCUAUGAUCGACUUAAGAGGAAAAACUUUCGCUGGAAAGAUGCGAGUGGUCCGAAGGAAAAACUGGAGAUCUAUAAGCCCACGGCACGAUACUGCAUCCGCUCCAUGCUCUCUCUGGAAAGCACAACAUUGGCAGCACAGCACUGCUGCUAUGAUGACAACAUGCAGCUGAUCACCAGAGGGAAGGGGGCGGGCACACCAAACCUGAUCAGCAUCGAAUUCUCAGCAGAACUCCAUUACAAAGUGGACAUUCUGCCUUGGAUCAUAUGCAAAGGGGACUGGAGCCGCUACAACGAGGCCCGGCCUCCCAACAAUGGGCAGAAGUGCACAGAAAACCCCUCAGAUGAGGACUACUACAAGCAAUUUCAAGAAGCAAGGGAAUACUGAGAAGGUUUUCCUCCUCAGAAAAUUCAGACACAAAGUAGCAUUCGUUUCCUGGAUGCCAAAGAACUGGUGGUGGCUGCUGCAUUGGCUCCUUGACAGGGGUUGAUCAGUUCCUUUCUAAUGAAUGUAUAUAGUUGUAAUAUAAUACAUAAGUAUUUUUCACAGUGUGUGUAAUUUAUAAACACAUAUCUCUCUAUCUCACACACACCUAUUUUUACAUACAGACAUACAUAAAUCUUGUCCUGGUAGGAUUUUAUACUGCAAUAACAUUCAUGUAAUAAUGUGCAUUUCAUUUUAUUUCCCAGCUGUAACAUAAUGGGGGGUUAGGGGGUGGGCAGCUGCCUUCACCAUCGGGCCCCAAGGCCCCAGCUGAGGAGGCACAUAUUUAAAAGUUGUUAUAAACAAUAGGAUUGAAGAAUGUACUCUUCCAUAUGGGAAUGGUUUACAAGAUUAAUGCACCUACACCAUCAAUUUUCUCUAUAAUUGAUUUCAUGACUAGUCAUAUCUAAGAAGGGAAGAAUUUUUUUUGGAAGGGUAAUAGUCAAAAGUGAAUACAGAGAAUUCCUGGCAAUUUUUUCUUGGAAUUCUUCCUGUUACCUUCCAGCUCAGGUCUUUGCAGUCCAUCUGGGGUAGGCUUGCAGGAAGAUGUAGCUGUGGUUUUCCUAUAGGCCAGAAAAGGUCCUGAUGCAGUGGAGUCACAAACAACCCACUCUUGGAGCCAUCUCAGAUAUGGAGCUGCAGCUGUCAGGGUUUUCAUCUUAUGCUGGGGAGUAGAUCUUCAGGGCAGCUACCUGUAAACUGAGCACGCUGUGAGUCUUUGUAGGAGUGAGGCCAGAGAAGUAAUCCAUGUCAAAGGGAAAAAAAAAAUCACAGCUCCUUCCCAGUUUUUAAUAUGAAGAAUGUUUGGAUCUGCUUGUUUCUUUCUUUUAAGAAAAUAAAGAAGUUUAUUUUUUUUAAAGGACAGGAAAAGUGGAAUCCAUAUGUUGUAUUUCCCUGGGAUAAAGCAUGCAACCAGCCCUCUCCCCCCAUUUUUCUUAUGCUGAGUGCACAGUGUCCUACAGAAGUAGCUAUUCUUUAAGGAAGCUCUCUGGGAGGAACGAUUGGUGAGUAAAAUGUCUUAAUUUUUUUAAAAAGCUAGCAUUAUUUUUGUAAAGUAUUUAUUGAAUUGUAACAAUAACUCACAUGUGAGAUAUGUCUCUAACAUGAAAGGUUUCUGUAGAUGGAACUUGAUUGCCAAGAACAUGACUGUUUUUAGGCAAAGGUUUUAAUUCCAAAUUUUUAUAAAGUACAUACAUACAUAAUCCUGUCAUUAAGCAGCUCAUCCCUGCAUUCUUAUGAAAGAUAAAAAUUACACCAUGGGUAAAUAAAUACUUACAGUUCCAUCCUGCAAAAGAC